CCAAUCUGCGACCAAAAUCCACUUCCUCCUCCAUCUGUCAGCUUUGAAUCCGAAGUCCAACAGCUCGCGUCUUUUUCGUGUCGUGUGCAUCUUCUCCCUAUCCUAAGACUAUCCGUAUAUUCUCUUCAUUCUCUUUUAUUCAAUCAGCACGGCUCGCCUGGCUGUUCGUAAUACUUUUCCAGAAACCUUUGUCCGCUCGUAUUCGACGAUUGCGGUAACGCCUCCGGCGACGUGCGGGCGCUUCCUGCAAGGGACGCUGGCUUUUUGAUCCAACCACAAUCUUCUUCUCGCACGGAUCAAGGCGGAAGUUGUUCUGUCAUCGUCCGCUUUUACCGGCCUUUCCAUCCACACCUUGUACUUCUACGCAGCACAAUUCCUCAAAAAAAUCAUUGCGAGCCUUUGCGAGCCUUGGUCUUCUAUCUCAGCAGAUUCCACUAGCAACGACGCCGACUACAUCUUUGUUCGCCACCAAGACCAUCGUCUUAGCAGUAGUCGACAAGGCUUCCUGCGAACUCGGUCUUCCUCCUCCUACACCGCCACACUCGUCUUCCCGCGGCUUUGCGACACCGCAGCUGGUAGCUGACGAGUGUUCACCAGCCACCGCAACAGCUGCGCUCUCAAGAGUGCUGGCGACUGGCUUAAGAGGAGGACUUUCUCUGAACAUCGCAUCUAGUCUUGCACAUCUUUUUGGCCAUGCCUCGUCGAUUGUCGAACUCUCUUUUAAGCAGCUCACCUCCGACCCCCUGGCCGUCCUUUUCCCCCUCCGAAAAGGGCGGCAGCUUCGUCAACAAGACAUCGCAAAAAGCAAGCAAAAUCGCACAGUUCUUUUCUACCUCGCCUAAGACAAAGGAAGCACAGAGUGCCGCCGCUGCGCUGUUGGCAGCCAGCAAAGCCCAAGAACAGGCGUUCUUGGCCUCAGGUUCUCCUCCGAUCAGCACAGCAUCUCUCUCAUUACCUAGCAUUUCCUUAUCAACUGCUCGAGCUGAUUCUGCCAACAUGGACGAACCACCCACCACCCUCUAUCAGCCGCCAUCUCCGGCUGAGGCCAGGAAACUCGCCAGAGCACAUGCCCAGUUUGGCCCUCUCAAUUCGCAGUCGCACAGAUAUACCAGUCAGCAUCAGGGUGGCGAGUUUCCUGAACCCAUAAUGGACGAGCCACCCUACUACUAUCUCCUCACGACCUACAUUUCCUACCUCAUCCUCAUAAUAUUCGGCCAUGUCAGAGACUUCUUUGGUAUGAAACUGAAAGAGGACAACUACCGACACCUGAAGGCCCGAAAUGGCUAUGCUGCUCUCAACAGCGAUUUCGAUAAUUUCUAUGUCCGACGACUGAAGAUGCGUAUCAACGAUUGUUUCAACAGACCGACCACCGGCGUUCCAGGUCGGUAUAUCACCUUGCUCGAUCGUACCACAGACGACGGCAAUCUACACUUCUCCUUGACAGGGACCACGACUGAGACUCUGAAUCUGAGCUCUUACAACUACUUGGGUUUUGCACAGUCUGAAGGCCCGUGCGCGGAUGCCGCUGAAGAAACUUUGAGGAAAUAUGGACUGUCGACUUGCAGCACCCGAGCUGAUGCAGGCACCUCGGAGCUUGCUAUUGAAUGCGAGGAGCUGAUCGCCGAGUUCGUGGGCAAAGAAGCUGCCAUGGUGUUUUCUAUGGGUUUUGGCACCAAUGCUGGCAUCUUUCCCGCACUCGUCGGUAAAGGAGACUUGAUCAUUUCGGACGAGCUCAACCAUGCUUCAAUUCGUUUCGGUUCGAGAUUGUCCGGCGCCAUGGUCACAACCUUCAGGCACAACGACAUGACAGAUCUCGAGAACAAGCUUCGCGAAGCAAUCUCGCAAGGACAGCCUCGUACUCACCGCCCAUGGAAGAAGAUUCUUGUCGUCGUAGAAGGUCUUUACUCCAUGGAAGGCACAAUGUGCAACCUUCCAGGCCUGAUUAGACUAAAGAAAAGAUACAAGUUCAACCUCUUCAUUGACGAAGCUCAUUCCAUUGGCGCGUUGGGUCCUCAUGGACGAGGUGUCUGUGACUACUUUGGCAUUCCUCCAUCAGAGGUCGAUGUCCUCAUGGGUACUCUUACCAAGUCCUUUGGUGCCAACGGAGGUUACGUUGCUGCUGACAAGGCCAUGAUCAACAAACUGAGAUGCACCAAUCCAGGUGUGAUCUACGGCGAAGUUCCUCUUCCAGUUGUUCUGACACAAAUCAUGGCGUCUCUACGACUCAUCAAUGGCGAUAUCAGCCCUGGCCAAGGUGAAGAGCGUCUACAGAGAAUCGCGUUCAAUUCACGGUAUCUCCGUCUUGGUCUCAAGCGCCUCGGUUUUAUUGUCUAUGGUCACGACGACUCGCCCAUUAUUCCACUCAUGCUGUACAACCCUGCCAAGAUGCCUGCGUUUUCUCACGAGAUGCUCAAGCGCAAGAUCUCCGUGGUCGUGGUCGGCUACCCAGCCACUCCCUUGAUUUCAUCGCGCGCUCGCUUCUGUAUAUCGGCUGCCCACAACAAGGAUGACCUCGACCGCUUCCUGGCUGCAUGUGAUGAGAUUGGCAAUGUACUUCAACUCAAGUUUGCAAGCGGCGUUGCUGGGGGUGCUCCUCCGUUGGCCGAUGGAGUGAGCUGGGAAAUGGACCAGAGUCGCAAGCGAUUGGAAAAGCACGACAAGGUGCCCAAGUCGAUGGUGCUCGCGCCUCGAUGGACGCUGGACGAAGUCAUCAAAUGUGGUGUCCAGGACGUGAAGCAACCUUUACGAUGAGUUGUUCAAAGGCCGGGCUGAUGUCCGGCACGUGUUUGUGUACUCUUAAUGUGUGAAGACGAAGUCAUGCACGGGUGUCAGUCCUGGCAAAGUGUCAUUAUUUGAUUUUUGGGAAUUACUGUUGCGCGAUAGCCGAAACACAACUGUCGAUCGUACAGGAAGUUGUGCCAUUACUGGCGCUGGCGAAAGGUGUGAUUGGUUUCAAGGGCCUGAAAGAGCUAUGGAGUUUUCUCAUCAGCGAGUCCAAGAUUCACUCAGGAAGAGUGCAGCCAGAUCAAUAUCUAGUAAUACUAUUAUCUGAACAUCAUCGUAUAAUCACAAUUCUUGCAUCUCCCGUACCGUAAGGAGC